ACUCUCCCUUGGCCGAGGACUCUUCCCUUCAGCUACGGACUUCCUGUGUUCACCCCAACCAAACCUCCAAGCAGUUCGCCUUGGACCAUAAUGGGAGUGUCGGAACAAAGGACAGGGUAGAGGACUCUGCAAUGGGAGAAACCUUCCUGGAGCAACUCCGGGCAGACAGCCGCUUCCUGAAGUCAGACCGGCGGCUGGACACGGAGGUGGUGGACCGACUCAUCCUACAGCUCAACCGCAUCUACCCCCAGGUGCUCAGUGACAAUGAGGCCAAGAAGUUCAGAGAUCUGGACGUGCCCACCUGUAUCCGUCUGGGCCAGCUGCUGUCUCACCUGCAGGAGAAAGGGGAGGAGGCGUGCCGUGAGUUCUACCGGGCGCUUCACCUCCACGUGGAGGAGGUGUACUUCAGCCUACCCACGCGCCUCCGCCGCAGAGACUCUUUAGACAAAAUCCCCAGUCCGGGGACUCCAGUUAGACAGAGAUUUGUGCUCAAUGACAGAGGCCCCUUAUUCUUCAUCAGCUGUUUCAGUGUAGCGGUGGGAGUGGCCUUCCUCUACUACUAUGGAGAGGCGAAGAUGGCAAGUGGAUCCAGCGGGACUGUGGGUCUGACGGCGCUGGGUCUGGGCCGGCGGGUACGAGAGGUUCUCAUCUGGUACACGGAAAACAACAUCCACCGUAAAUCACAAUAGGCCAACCAGUGCCCCCUGGUGUUCACCACCAGUAACAGAUCCGAGCGCACACAGAACACUUAUACAUCAUCCCAUGGUGUCAAUUUGUUACCAAAAUCAGGGGUUUGUUGCAUUUUUAUGUUAAUGUUUGUACACUUGAUACACACAGCAACAGUUUCUAUUUCUGUUCUUCUUCUCCUCCUCUUUCUCCUUUUUAUAAAAAGAGAGAAUGACUUGGUAUUAAUUACCUCUGAUGGUUAGGGCUCUGGUAAAAUUCACAAACCCACAUGAAACUUAUUGUACCUCUCUCGGUGCUCAGAACUCAAUACAAUCUUAGGGUAGCAGUUUCAUGCUGGGAUUUGUAGUAGAGACAGAAGUAAACUUGGAUUGUACACCUCAUGUUUUUCACAAUGUAUCCCUUGUGGAAAGUCUGUAAUGAUAUAUGAUUUUUAAUGUAUAUCUUUGACAAAAAGGGAUUGUAUUUAUUUAGAAAUCCUAUGGGUUUUAUACCUUCUACUGAAACUUGUUUUGGAAUCCAGUAAUUCAACUGUGUCAUACUAUCUAUUAGGAUUAUAUCCUGUGCAACACACUACAAAUUAACGCCAUGUUUUUUCAAGAGAAAUGUACUGAGAACCAUCAUCCAGAAACUGCCAUUUCAGAUGCAUCAGUACCACACCUGAAGAUGCCUUUUAUUUUCCUGUCUCGUUUGCAACCUUGCACCCAUCACAUAACAUAAUGGGAAAGGUCUUAAAAACGCUUAAAACGUUUCAUUUCUACUAUAAUAUUACAAUCAUGUGCAUAAGCAAUGAAUGAAGUACAAACAUAGCCAUACUCACUUGUGCAAAGGUUAAAUUCACUGUGUAUAUUAACAGGCAGAGGCAUCUUUAAGGUGCACUGUGUAAUAUUUGUAUUAGUUUAUUUCCAGAAUUCAUGCUGCCCAUUCAUAAAUGUUACCUUUUCCACAAAUACUUACUACCACCAUCAAAUCCUAAAUAUUCAUUAUGACAGGGAAAAUCGAGAUUUUAUUUUGUAGUAUUUUAUUAUGUAGUAAAUAUUCAUGAAAAGAUCAAAUUUGGCAAAAGGCAGCACCGUUUCAAUGAGCAGCAUAGAUGCAAUACCUUCUCUGUACAGUAUCCUACACAGUGCACCUUUAAGUUCAGAGUUCAAUGCUUCCCACAGCUCUCAGUAGAUGUAGUACUUUUUGAAUGAUAAGGGUAUACCUCCUCGGCACAGUACAGGAUGUAUGUACUGUAUAUAGUCUACUCUAGAGUUGUAUUAAGUAGAAGUACUCUUGCAAAUGUAACUACAACACUAGUGGUAUGAUAUUACAUGGUUAGAACUUAGUAUUUUUUUCAUAGUACGAGUGUUGUAAUUACACAUGUAAGAGUUCUUCUUUACUUUAUACAACUCAGGUCUACUCCUACAACAGUCCUGCCUACACGGCAAGCUACAACUUCUCAUGAACAAUUACUCUCUCUCUCCGUGGCCUUAACCUGGCUUUGCCCAUCACACUCAGCCAUGAUGUUUUUACAGUAUGUGCAUUUAGUUUAUAAUUAUUUCCCCGCUAUCCUCCAGAAUAACUUCAGUGGGUUCCCCCAGGGGCUGACAGGUACUCACAGCCUCUCUGUUAGUGUGAUGGCACUCCAUGUUGUGGUAGUUGUACCAAAGAAUCUUCUAUUAGAGUAAGAUACAUCAAGCCCAUUCUUUUCCUGCAUCCAUGUGAUGAGGUGAACCUUCGGUUAGACCUUUGGAGACUUAAGGAUGAGAAUGAAUGGAUUAAUUAAUGAAUUAAUUAGCGCUGUAGAUGGCGGUAGUGCACAUUUUGUCUAAACACCACAGAAAGAAAAGAAGGAGGAGGGGACAACGCCCCCCUUGGAGAUCAAACUUGAGCACACUCCUUUGCAUUGGGUGGGCGUAGUUUGAAUGAUCUCAGGUUCUCUAAUAGAGAUUCUUUGGUUACACCUAGAGCCUGUAGUUCUCCUGUAUGGAAAUAACCGCACAUGUGGAGGAUGGUGCAGAAUGUCACUUAUAUGGAUGUUUUCCUUUGCUGCCUUCUGUUUGCCAAUGUCCCCUAACAGACAAUAAAAUGCAAAUGCUUAUGUACAAAGAGAUAC